AUGGCGAGGAAGCAAAACAAGGCAGGCGCUGCAUCCUCAUCGGCACCAGCAGUGGAAGCAACCCUUGCUGCAAGCGCACCAGCCACCUUCGACUCGGAGCUCGAUGCCUUUUUCAAAGCUGCCCCACCAGCUCCCGUUACCACCUCUGCACCUGCGCCAGCCGCGCCAUCUGUCGCCAGCACCUCGACAGCAGUUCCCUCGAGCUCAAAGAAGCGUAAAUCCAUCGAGCAAGAAGUGGAACCAGAGGAUAGCGACGAUGAUGCUGCCGAGCAGGACGAUUCUGACGACGAUGACGAUGUAGAAAUGGAGGAGGGCGAUGGUGAUCUUUCGAGUAUUGACGAAUCUUUCGACGACGAAGGCUCGCUUCUGUACAGCCAGAGCGAGAGCGAGAGCGAGAGCGAAGAUGAAGCCUCCGACAAGGAAGACGAGAAUGACGGCGAGCCGGAAGAAGACAACAACGAACCCUACGUUCCCCCUCAGCACGAGUCCGUCACCACAGCAAAGACUGCUGAGCCAGCCAAGACUGCUGAGCCAGCCAAGACUGCUGAGCCAGCCAAGAACCGCAAAAAGACCUUCAAAGAACAGCCCGAGCCCUCCGAAGUCCGCGAUCAGCGCACCCUCUUCAUCGGCAACAUCCCCAUUGAGGCUGCUCAGUCGCGCUCGGUGCAGCGCAAGCUCAUCUCGUUCAUCGAGUCCUUUUCACCCUAUCCCAUCCUGACUAAGGCUCACGCUCUUCGCUUCCGUUCCGUUGCUUUCUCGACGCCUACUGUCCACCUCGAUGCCGACGAGGACGAAGACGACGAGGACGAUGCCACCAACAAGAAGAAGAAAAAGGGCAAGUCCAAGGAGCGAAGCCAGAACUAUCGCGAAGCUGUCGCUGCUGUCGAAGGUGGCGAGAAUGCCCAGGCUCCCCUCACAGCGCAACAGAAGCGCAAGAUUGCAUUCAUCAACAAGGAUUUCCACGAAAAGGCCAAGUGUGUCUCUGCCUAUGUCACCAUCGCUCAUCCAAAAGCUGUCCUCAAACACCUUUACGAGAUCGCACCUCCCAAGUCCAAGGCGAAAGGCAAGGCCGAUACCAACAGUGCCCCCAUCGAAAUCGACUCCAGACUCACAGGCUCCGUCCUUGCUGCCUUGAUCGCCUCGUUUGCUGACGGGCAAGAGUUCCAAGGCCGUCAUCUGCGCGUUGAUCUGGUCAAGUCGAUAUCCCCCAGCGAGGUGCUCGCCUCGGGUCUCGAAAAAGUCAAGACGUUCGACGGCAUCCUCGCUGGAUCUAGCAGCUCCACCGUCGAUCCCAAGAGCACCCUCUUUGUUGGCGGUCUUGACUUUGAGAUGGAUGAGGAAGAGGUGCGCGUUUUUUUCGAAGCGCUGCUCGUCGAGGAGCUCGGACCGGCCGGUGAUGCCAUCACCAUCCCCGUGACUGGUCUCGACGGCGAGCGGGUGCCCAAAGCCCUGCUUGACUCGUUGUCCCAAGAAUUCCCCUUCGUCGAGCCCGAAAAGCGCAACAAGGUGACCGAGUCCGUGGUGCGCAACGCCGAGUACGUGCGUUCUGUGCGCCUCAUCCGCGACGCGGCCACGCAGAUGGGCAAAGGCUUUGGCUAUGUGCGUUUCGUCUCUCAGCAGUGCGUUGACGAGGUCAUGGCCAUCUACACUGCCGAGCAAGCGUUUUUGGAAUCGAUCAAGGGGGUUAAGGGCAGUCUCGGAGCCUCGGCUGCCAUUGCUCAGGGUGGCAAAGAGUUCAAGCGUCGAUUGAAGCUCAAAGGUCGACCCAUCCGUGUCGCCUACUGCAAGUCGCAGACCAAGACUUCGGCUCCCCUUGCUCGAUCCAAGAAGAACAACGGCGGCAGCAAUGCUCAGGGAGACGCACAGCAAGAGCCGACGACGCCACAAGGCAAGUCUCCGCGCUACGAGCGAUCGAGCGGCGCACCGACGCCCAACGGUACCUCCCCGCACGUGCUGGGCAAGCGUCCACGCGCUGCGAACGGUCCCACCAAGAUUGUGCCUGGCAGCCCUACCGCCGCGCGCUCUGCCAACCCGGCCGAUAUCGCCAAGAAGGCCGAGCUGUACGCGACGCUUAGCAAGGACCAGCGCAAGCAGAUGAAGAAGGACGACGCGGACCGAGUCAACCGCAGGAUGGCCAAGAAAAACAAGAAGCUCGGCGCCGGUGCGGCUGCAUCGGGUCCACAAAAGGGCAAAGUGGACAAGAGCCUGCUGGCCGAGGGCGAGAAGGCAAAGAGCAAGGAGAGGGUCAAGCUGAGGCAGCCUGCUGCUGGAGCCGGUGGCGCCGGCAAGGGGGCCAAGCGCUUCAAGAGUGGUGCCGGUGGUCAGAAUGGUGCUCCUAGGAGAGGUCCUCCCAAGGGCGGCGCCAAGUAG